AUGGAGGGUGUGUUUGUCAAGCACAGCGUGCGGGUCCUUCAAGAGCUGAACCUCCAGCGGCAGAAGGGCCAGUUCUGUGAUGCCACCCUGGCCGUGGGCAGCCUGGUCUUCAAGGCCCACUGGAGCGUCCUGGCCUGCUGCAGCUCCUUCUUCCAAACCCUCUACAAUGGCGCCACCGGCAAAAUCAUCCUUCCGGAGACCUUCCUGGAGGUUUUCACCCUCCUCCUGGACUUCUUCUACACCGGACACCUGGCCGUCACCUCGGACAACCGGGACAAGCUGCUGGAGACGGCCAAGGAGCUCUGCGUCCCCGAGGUCAUCCAGCUGUGCCAGGAGUUCCAACCCGGCCGCUCGGAGGAGAGCGGCGAGCAGAACGGCGAAGUUCUUAUCGACACAGAGCCCGAUGCCACCUCGCCGGGGGAGUCGACCUGCGAGGCGGCGCCCCCCGGCCCCCCAGCAUCGGAAAGUCCCCGGACCCGGGGCGUCAAAGGAGCUCAGGGGCCACGGGACGGCCCUGCUCUCCUUUGGGGGAAGUUGAAAAGGGUCCCCAAAACAAACCUUGUAAGCCGCGCAGGCGACGUAAAGGAGAGCCCGGAAUGUAAGGAACUUAAACGGCCCCUGAAAAGUGAAGCCGCCGAGGACGCGGGCGCCAGUCACGAGCAGGAGACCCCAGAGGUCCUGGGUUCGAGUGAUCUCCCCUCGGAAGAUCACAACGGAGGGAGGGGGAAGGAUGACACGGAUGAGGAUUACGUCCCGGAUCAGAAGAGUGUCCGGGUGAGGAAGAGGCCCUCGUUGACCAGAACCUCCCGCAGCAGCUCCAAAACCGGCGGAAACAGUCACCGUCUCAAGGCUGCGGCCCUCGGGCCCCGCCGAGGGACGGCUGAACCGGUUGAAUGUCCCACCUGCCAUAAGUCUUUCUUGAGCAAGUAUUAUCUGAAGGUCCACAACAGGAAGCACACGGGGGAGAAGCCCUUUGAAUGUUCCAAGUGUGGGAAGUGCUACUUCCGGAAGGAAAACCUGCUGGAUCACGAAGCCAGGAACUGCGUGAGCCGUUCGGAGCAGGUGCACACCUGCUCUGUCUGCCAAGAGGUCUUCAAGAGGCGGGUCGAACUCCGGCUGCACAUGGUGACCCACACGGGCGAGAUGCCUUACAAGUGUUGCUCCUGCAUCCAGCAGUUCAUGCAGAAGAAGGAAUUACAAAGCCAUUUGAUCAAGCUGCACGGCGCCCCUAAGCCACACGCGUGCUCCUCCUGCUCCAAAUGCUUCCUCUCGCGCACGGAGCUGAACCUGCACGAGGCCUUCAAGCACCGCGGCGAGAAGCUGUUUGUCUGCGAAGAGUGUGGCCACCGCGCGUCCAGCCGGAACGGCUUGCAGAUGCACGUCAAGGCGAAGCACAGGAACGAACGGCCGCACGUGUGCGGAUUCUGCCAGCACGCCUUCACCCAGAAAGCCAACCUCAACAUGCACCUUCGCACCCACACCGGCGAGAAGCCCUUCCAGUGCCACCUCUGCGGGAAAACCUUCCGCACGCAAGCGAGCCUGGAUAAGCACAACCGGACCCACACGGGGGAGCGUCCCUUCAGCUGCGAGUUUUGCGCCCAGCGGUUUACCGAGCGAGGCCCGUUGUUGAGACACGUGGCCAGCAGGCACCAGGAGGGGCGGCCGCAUUUCUGCCAGAUCUGCGGGAAAACGUUCAAAGCGGUGGAACAGCUGCGGGUCCACGUCCGCCGACACAAAGGGAUGCGGAAGUUUGAGUGCACGGAAUGCGGGUACAAAUUCACACGGCAGGCUCACCUGAGACGCCACAUGGAAAUUCACGACCGGGUCAAGAAUUACAAUCCUCGCCAGAGGAAGCUACGCAACCUGGUCAUCGAGGACGAGAAGGUGGUGGUGGUGGCCCUGCAGCCCCCCAACGUCCUGGAGGUGGGCUCCGCAGAGGUGAUCGUGGAGGCCCUGGCCCAGAGCGCCCCAAACGUGGAUCUGCCCACCGGACAGAGACUCUGCUCAAACGAGAGUUUGGGCCCCACUGAAGUCACGGAACAGUCCUUCCUCAUAACCAUCCCGAACGACUGUGGGAUGUAG